AUGAUUCCCAAAGCUUUCGCUCUCGGCUUACUCCAAGCCUUGACAGUCCUCGAUGCUGCCACCGCGACUCCUUUGGCAAAGAGAGAAUUGACAUGCAAUACUCCAGAUAACCGGGCGUGCUGGAGAGACGGAUUCGAUAUCAUGACGGACUGGGAGGAGAAUACACCAUUGACCGACCAUACUCUGAAUAAUGCUCGGAAUUACACGCUUGUCCUUGAGCAGCACGAAAGAUACACUGGUCCGGAUGGCCACAUUAAGAAUGAUGCAAUGCUGUUUAAUGGCUCCUACCCUGAUUGGGGUGACUGGAUCAACGUCACCGUGAUUAACAAGCUUCCGGCUAAUGGAACGUCUAUUCACUGGCAUGGCAUCCGAAUGCUAAACAACAACAUCAACGAUGGUGUCAAUGGUAUCACCGAGUGCCCAAUCCCGCCAAACGGGACCAAGUCCUAUGUGUUCCUGGCCCAGCAGUAUGGAACUACUUGGUACCACUCUCAUCACUCGUCACAGUACGGAAACGGCGUGUUUGGCCCGCUGGUGAUCAACGGGCCUGCCAGUGCCAACUACCAUGUCGAUUUGGGCACCCUCCCUAUCAAUGACUGGUACUACGAUUCAGCAGACGUGAUCUUGAACAAUAUUCAGGACAUCAAUAGUACUGGACCGCCGCCCCCUGCCAGCAACAUUCUGUUCAAUGGUACCCACAUCGACCCAGAUGAUCCCACCAAGGGGACAUACGCAAAGGUAGUCCUAACCCCGGGGCUGAAGCACAGACUUCGGUUGAUUAAUCCUAGCGUGGAUUACACUUUCACAUUUACCAUCGUGGGACACAACUUUACCGUCAUUGCAAAUGACCUCGUCCCUCUUGAUACCUCUAAUAAUACGACGGUCUCGAGCAUUUUUGUGGGUAUAGGGCAACGAUACGAUGUCAUUAUCCAGGGAAAGACCGAAGAAGAGAUAGCUAGUGACCUGAGCAACGGUAACUAUUGGAUCAAUGCCACACUGCCUACUAACGGACUCUGUGGAGCAUACAAGAUAGCUGAAGGACGUCCUGCAGCUAUCCUGAGGUACGAUUACCCGGGAGCGAUAGACCAGCUUCCAAAUGCCGAUGGCCCAGUCCCAGAAGAUUUAAGAUGCGAAGACAGGACGGAUUUCAUGCCGGUCGUGCCACGGACAAUUCCGGAAACAGAAUUUAGCAUCACUAAGUCAAACACACUUUCAGUCGAUCUGUGGAACAACAAAAGCGAGACCAGCCAGGUAUACUGGCGAGUCAACAAAAUGGCUUUGAACGUCACCUGGGAGAAGCCUAUCUUGGAGUACGUCAGGAAUGGGAGCACUUCAUGGCCAAAGGAGGAAAACUUACUCGAGAUUCCCCGUGACAGCCAGGUUAGCUUGAGCGUACAGUUCCUCGAAAGGGCCGACGAAAUCCACAAGAUGGACUUGAGCUUUGUCGAAGACAACUGCAAGGCAUGGCAAGGCUACAUCGAGACCAAACCCCUUUGGCAUCCGAAGAACGACUCCGGUAUCUAA